UCUCUUCGCCCAAGGAGUUGACAUUUUGCAGGACUUGCGCGACGCCCCGUCGCCUGCGCUCCCCGGGACCCCGCCGCCGGGAGGAGGGGGCGGAGGAGGGUGGAGACUGCGGGGCUUGGCCAAGGAAGGCGCACAUCCUCGGGCGGGCGGCCGUGACGCGGCGAAGAUUAACUUUGCAUGAAUAAUGUGAGUGCGCUUGGAAAAGAGACCUUCUGCUCCCGGACUCCCCGGGCAAGCGCCCGCAGGCUGUCUGCCCCGGGCAGCGGCGCUCAACCCGACCGGCUCGAGGGCACUGAUCUGCAAUUUCCCUCCGGUUGGCCGUCCUGCGUGGGUGCCAAGUUCCACACAUGAGUUAAUGAAUAAGAAGGAGAUGUCAGUGAAGAAAAGGAUCCAGAAUGAUUACUAACCUAUGACUCCCAACAGUAUGACAGAAAAUGGCCUUCCAGCCUGGGACAAACCGAAGCACUGCCCAGACCGAGAGCACGACUGGAAGCUAGUAGGAAUGUCUGAAGCCUGCCUACAUAGAAAGAGCCAUUCAGAGAGGCGCAGCACGCUGAAAAAUGAACAGUCGCCACAUCUCAUCCAGGCCACUUGGACUAGCUCAAUAUUCCAUCUGGACCACGAUGAUGUGAACGAUCAGAGUGUCUCAAGUGCCCAGACCUUCCAAACAGAAGAGAAGAAAUGUAAAGGGUACAUCCCCAGUUACCUGGACAAGGACGAGCUAUGUGUAGUGUGCGGUGACAAAGCCACUGGGUAUCACUACCGCUGCAUCACGUGUGAAGGCUGCAAGGGUUUCUUUAGAAGAACCAUUCAGAAAAAUCUCCAUCCAUCCUAUUCCUGUAAAUAUGAAGGAAAAUGUGUCAUAGACAAAGUCACGCGAAAUCAGUGCCAGGAAUGUCGCUUUAAAAAAUGCAUCUAUGUUGGCAUGGCAACAGAUUUGGUGCUGGAUGACAGCAAGAGGCUGGCCAAGAGGAAGCUGAUAGAGGAGAACCGGGAGAAGAGACGGCGGGAAGAGCUGCAGAAAUCCAUCGGGCACAAGCCGGAGCCCACGGACGAGGAAUGGGAGCUUAUCAAAACUGUCACUGAAGCCCACGUGGCCACCAAUGCCCAAGGCAGCCACUGGAAGCAGAAGCGGAAAUUCCUGCCAGAAGACAUUGGACAAGCACCAAUAGUAAAUGCCCCAGAAGGCGGAAAGGUCGACUUGGAAGCCUUCAGCCAUUUUACAAAAAUCAUCACACCAGCAAUUACCAGAGUGGUGGAUUUUGCCAAAAAGUUGCCUAUGUUCUGUGAGCUGCCAUGUGAAGACCAGAUAAUCCUCCUCAAAGGCUGCUGCAUGGAGAUCAUGUCCCUUCGCGCUGCUGUGCGCUAUGACCCAGAAAGUGAGACUUUAACCUUGAAUGGGGAAAUGGCAGUGACACGGGGCCAGCUGAAGAAUGGGGGUCUUGGGGUGGUGUCUGACGCCAUCUUUGACCUGGGCAUGUCUCUGUCUUCUUUCAACCUGGAUGACACUGAAGUAGCCCUCCUUCAGGCUGUCCUGCUGAUGUCAUCAGAUCGCCCAGGGCUCGCCUGUGUUGAGAGAAUAGAAAAAUACCAAGAUAGUUUCCUGCUGGCCUUUGAACACUAUAUCAAUUACCGAAAACACCACGUGACACACUUUUGGCCAAAACUCCUGAUGAAGGUGACAGACCUACGGAUGAUUGGAGCCUGCCAUGCCAGCCGCUUCCUGCACAUGAAGGUGGAAUGCCCCACGGAACUCUUUCCCCCUUUGUUCUUGGAAGUGUUUGAGGAUUAGACUGACUGGCUUCAUUCUCAUAAUUCCUACAGCACUACUGGGUGUCGUUUCAUUCCAUUGCCUAGCUCCUUUUUGUUUGUGUCUUUGUUUCUUUGUGUUGGGAGGCAUUGUUCAGGGGUAAAGGGAGGUUGUCCUUGGCAUACUCACAGAUGAAACUGCCCCUUGAAUGGGAGUCCUUGUAGCUAUUGCAUUUCGUUCUCCAGUCCUUUGAUGUGAAUGCUUUGAAGGUUUUUCAGUUGUGGAGGUGGGGUAGGGGACGCUCAUUCACUCACCAGCACCAAGCCAUCACCAGCUCCCGCCUGUCCCUGGUCGGAGACUCGAGCAAGCAAAAUGGCGCUGCAGAAGAACAAAGAAGGCUUAAAACCAAGAUAACACGGCCAUUCUGAUCCAAUCCUGAUUUUUCCAGGGCUCAAGUUAGCAGUGCACAGACCACCUUUGGUUAGACGUGCUGUCAACAUUUUAGGGAAGGACUCAAACAAAUUUUCAUUUUCCAGCACUCUUUAUUCUCUCCUAGCAUCAUAACUUGGAGUGUACAGGAAUAUUUGUGGCCUAAAAAAUCAGCUGUCCUUUCAGUAUCAAUUUUAUAACCUUAUGAUUUAGUUCAAGUUAUACAAGGACAUAUAACUCAAGGAUGUGUAGCUAUUUGACUGACUGAGGCCAAAAAGGAAAAUAAUUGUCUUCAAUGAGCCCAAAGAAAUUAGAAAUCUUCACCAAUGUCAGUGACUCCACAGUUUCCAAAAAUUCACAUAGUAUUACCUCCCAGUAGGAAGUCUUUGCAGUGUAGGCUCAAAGAACAUUUCCACAGAAAUCAAACCUAUUUACAAGGAGUCAUCCCUUUUCAAUGGCAUCUGCUCUGUCAUCUCCCAAGCUCCUGAAGUUUUUUUAUCCUGGUUGCAUCUUUGCUGAACUGACAACAGAUUUCCCUAUGGAUUAAAUCUUCUAAUCAAGAAGAGAUAACAAGCUGAAAUGUGAGUCUUGUUCUGGAGGAAUUCUGAGGAGGAAUGAGUGUGGCUACAUUUUAAGUUGAAGGAAAAAUGCAGUGUUCUGAGAGCCCCUUCAGGAAGCUUGAGGAUGCUUCCUUCUGGUCUUAGAGCUUCAAGCUCUUUGCUUUACUCACAAAUGUCUCCCAGUCCCCCUUUUUCCUCCGACUUUGAGGCACUAAAUAGCUUGACUAUCUCUAAACAAAGACUAACCCCGCCACUGACCCUCUGCCCAAAAGGAGCACUCCCCUGACAGAAACUCAACAGAAAACACCUGCAGACCAUAUCCGCAGACACUCACUUUCUCUCCCCAUCCAACCCACCUCCCCAGCAACCUGCACUGGAGUAGCUUGUGCCCCGAAAACAAAGGGUGACACCUCAUCACUUCAACAUCAGAAAUUGGGCAAAGAAUGUACCCAUGUAAUUGAAUGUAUCUCAUUCUUCACUGGCAUAGUAGAUAUAAACUACUCCUUUGCCUGCCUUUUACUGCCUUAUCCUGGAAAUAUAGGGGAAAAUAAGCCAUAUCAGUGAGAUUUACCUAAAAGCAAAGGAAAGAAAGUCACUGUGAAAACCAAGUGGUCUAGUUUUUUGUAAGUUUGGUGGAGCAGAACUGGCCCAGAAGCUAGAGUAUCUGAGUCUCAGUUUGUGCUCUGCCAUCUGGUAGAUUUGUGACCUUAGGGCUUGGUUUUCUCACCUAGUGAAUAAGUUAUGAUCUCUGAAAUCCUUCCCACACUUAAUAUUGCAUGAAUUUCAGAUGGGGAAAUCUGAUUUUUCGGAUGGUUUCUUUCACAUUCAAAUUUCUAGCUUUAUUGGAUAAAAAGUAUAGCCCACUUCCCAGUUAAGGAAUAUAUAUUUGGUCUACAGCCAUACCUCCCUGAACGCGCCCGAUCUCGUCUGAUCUCAGAAGCUAAGCAGGGUCGGGCCUGGUUAGUACUUGGAUGGGAGAAAUAUAUAUUUGGUACUGACUGGAAAUACGAAUUUGAUAUAAUACCAGUCAACUAUUUGGAGGCCUUGGAAAAAGAAGAGGAACAGCAUCAAAAAUCUCAAGUAUGAUUGGAAAUAAUUGGGGGCAGGGGAGAAUUACAUGUUCAACGCACUAAAGCAAUUUUACUGGCUUCUGGGAAAAAGGAAACAUGAGCAUCACUAUGGAAUUUGUUAAUCAGAGAAAGGAAGUAGGUGAAGAGAUUAAAAUUAUAAGCAUGAAGUUCACGGGCAGAUUACCUGCUCUGACUUUACAGACAGGUUUUUGUGCCAUUUUUUUUUUUUUUUUUUUUUUUUGGUUUUGUUUUGUCUAGGCUUGCUUUGUUAACAUCUCAGUUUCCUCUGUUUGGCUCUCCUUAGAGAACUACUCUUUGAAAGAGAAACACUUAGCCACCUCUGCGCUCCAGGGGAACUCUGAGCAGCUUUGCUCUCUGGGGCAAGUUUUCUUCCAAAGGGCAUGAGAGGAAGGCAAGCAGGUGGGUACGGGACAGGUUCGUAGACUCCUGGGCACCAGGCCUUCUGGAAGAAGUUUCCUCAUUUUGUUUGAUAUAUACUGAUAUUCCGUAGUAUAUCAGACACCCAGAUUCAAAUGUAAGUAGAGAGCCUGAUCUCAAGCGAAAUCAGAAUGCCUUGGAGGUUAAUCACAAUUGGGAAUUCACCAAACAGUACAGCCUAUCUGCAGUAAUCCAGUAAGCCAGCCAGCCCCAAGGAAAGGAAAGUUUGAUCUUCAGUUCCUUGAGGGAUCGCCUGAAGCAGGCAAACCUCUGGUGUAGAAAUCUUGUUGAAGGCUGAAUACUUUAUGCUAAGUAGGACAAGCCUUAGAGUACUUCAGGCUGAAAGGAAAAGCUAUAGGACUCAAAGGUUCAUGAGCCUUUGAGCCGGUAGUCAAAGCGACUAAACUCAUUCCUUCUGAAACUGACAGAGGUACUUAGUGCAUCUCAAGACUCCAUCUCAUAAAACUCAAUCGUGGGGCAUUUGCUCUGGAUUUUUUUUUAAACAUUUUUUCAUGAAUUGUCCCAACUUUCAAAUCAAGUAUGGACUUGAUGGAAACACCCUUUGCACCUGCCCCCCACCGGGGGGAGACGUCCCGGUACAGGAGAACACACCCGUUACGCUGGGAUUCUUAUUUAUAAAUCACUUCACUUUAGAGAUGAGUGGUGUAUGUGCGUGUGUGUGAUUGUGUGCGCGUGUGCACGUGUGUUUGUAGCCCUCAAGUGUACUUUACUCUUCAAUUUAGAUGUGCAGUAUUUCCAGAAAUAGUGAAAAAAGUAAGAUCUUUCCUUCUUUAUGAUUCUGCUGAAAACACCACGUGCCGCCUCAGAGCUUUUUCUAGUCAAAUGAGCCUCAGUCCUCAAUGACGCGCUUGACGUGUUGAUGCCUCAGCCCAGCGAAGCCCCCUCCCUUGUGCCCCGAGUGACACCUCUUCAGUCCACAGUGCAGUCACCGGGUGGACUGCCAGGCCCCGGUGCUGCACCAGCAACGUCGUUCUCGUUGCUCCUCUGUGAACAGGGGUACAAGCCUUGGCCCCUCCUCGACACUACGCACCCCCAGACUCAGCCUCCAAGGAACCGCUGAGCACCCUCAAAGCAUGUCAUUGUCAGUGAUACCUUUUUAUUCUACAGAACUCUAACCUAUUCGUGUCAUAUUGACCUUUUGCUGCAUGAGUCAUAAAUUAUGAAAUCGGUCUUAUGGUUUUUGAAACGUAGCCAGCAUUUGUAAGGCUAAACCUUUUUCAUGAACUGAAUUGAAGUGAACAACCAAGCCACAGUUCCUCUUCAAAAGGAGAGUGAUGGCAGACAUUUGAAUCUCUUUGCCCUUUCCAACGGCUAUUGCAUCAGGUUCUAAAAUAAGCUCGUAAUUUUUCCUGUUAUUUUAAUAAUAUGGAAAUAUUAGCAUAGUGUUUCUUUUGAUAGUGAUAGACUAUAAUCCAUAUUUAAAUUUUAUAGAGAAGAAAUUUUAUUGUACUGUGAUGUAGAUAUUUAUUAUCCAGGUAAGGAUUUGCCCGGUGUGUAUUUUUUACAAUUGAGACAUUUUACUUUAAUCUUUAAAAAAAAAUACAUUAAACACACAC